AUGUCGACUAAUGAUGAUAACAUACAUUUAUUACCAUUGGAUGAUUAUAAUGAUUUCGAGAAUUCUUCAAAUGAAUCAGAAGAUGAUUCAAUUGAAGUAGUGUCAAAUGUUGAUGUACAAGAAAAUCAAAUUAUUGAUAUGACUACAUAUUUCGAAUUGAAUAUUAGUUCUGAUGGUGAAUUAGAAAUUAAUGGUGAUGAUAACUAUAGUUCUGUACUUAAUGUUGAUAAUAAUCGUUCUUUAUUUGAUGAUAUCAAUAAUAGUUAUUCUACACUUGAUGUUGUUGUUAAUCGUUGUCCAACACUCGAUCUUAAUAAUAAACGUUCUUUAUUCAAUGAUACAAAUUAUCAUAGUGCUACACUUGAUGAUGCAUGUUCACAAUUUAAUUCAGAUGCAUCAAAUGAUGAUGAUGAACGCGAAUAUCGUGCAUUAAAUAUAUCUUCUACAUCUGUAUCAUCUCAUCCAUCAUUGUUGACAACUAAUACUAUUGCAUCAAGUAAUAAUGGAAUCAAAGAAACAUCAAAACGUAAACGUCGACAAUGGUCGGUAGCAGAAAAACUUGAUGCAAUAGCUACUUUUAAAUUGAAUCGGAGUAAACAUCGAACAGCUAUGAAACAUAGCUGUACUACUGCUCAAUUACGAAAAUGGUUGCAUAAUGAAAUAAAAUUAAUCGAUAUUUCGAAAGAAAAAAAAGGUAGAAAAAGACGAAGAUUAGGAGGUGCAGGUAAAAAGCUAAAAUAUAUUGAUCUGGAUUUAAAAUUAUUAGCAUGGUAUCGAGAACAUCGAACUAAAACUGAUCCAAAUUCUUCCACCUUCAUCAAUAAUAUUCGGCGUGAAAAAGUUUCCUUCAAACAACUUCAACGUCAAGGUGCUAAAUUAAGUCGUGAAUUAAAACAUAAUCCACCAUCAUGUAAAUGGUAUUAUCGUUUUAUGAAACGCCAUAGAUUAUCUUUACAACGUCCAAAAAGACAACAAAAAAUUCCUCUUAUCGAUGCUUAUGCACUUACAAAAGAUGCUCAUCCAAAGCUAUUGAUAGCUGAUAGUGCUAAUUCACAUCUUAAUCCUGAUCUUGUUCGUGAUUUACGUAAAAAACGAAUGGUGGUUGCGAUUGUACCAAACGGCUGCACAAUCUACGUACAAAUACUUGAUGUGUCGAUUUUUUCGGUUUUUAAAAAUCAUUACAAUGAUGUUUUGGAGGAAUAUAUUGAAAAGAAUGCAUCUAAGAGUAAAAUAAGACUUACGGCAUCACAAUCACGUAUUCUUUGCACUAGAUUUACUUGGUCUGCAUGGAUACGAACAUUGAAAAGGAUCGAUUUUCUUAAAACCUUUCACAACAUCGGUUAUAUUUGGACAGAUAAUUCACUUGCCUCACUUCGUUCAAUGCCCGGUUAUACAUUUGAUCCAACAUCAGUUGAAUGCUUGUCGCUAAUGGAUGAUAAUUAUGAUAAUGAAGAGCGCAUUGAUAUUGUUGCUGAAGCAGCUUCAGAACAACAGCAACAACAUACUCAAAUUGCAUCAACCCAAAUAAAGUAA